AUGGAAGUUAACCCCGUGCGAGUGAAAACAGAACCCACUCACGGCGGCAUUUCUUAUCCGCUAACCGUGGAAUCAUCCGUGGGUUCACAUCAGCUGAGCGUUGCAUACAAUGUUGUUCCGGAGGAAAUGAAACCGCAAUUGGAUUCAGUCUCUGCCAAUCAGUGUCAAGGCAACGGUCAGCGGUUGGAUGUAAAUGUAGGAUAUUUGGUACAAAACUCAUCGAUGUCUAAUCAGGUGAAAUCUGAAUACUUCUCCGAUACAUCACAACGAAGGGUUGGCAACUCACUGGACCCUUUAGUCAGUCUCACUCACGCUACUGGAAAACCAAAUGAGCUUCUGCAAAGCAGUACAUUUCAACGUGCUUUUAGCAACGUCAGGGAUACUGGUUCAGAAGUCGCCGAUCCGAACGACUCAAGUCAGCUGAAGUCUGCAUCACUCGUUGUACCUAAGCCUAGCGAGGCUCUUUUUGUACGUGCUCUGAUUGGGCGAUGCAAAAGAAUUGCGCCACUGUGGUUUCGUGGUGUUUCUUCGAUGCGUGAGCGUAAUCGCGAAGAAAAUCGUCGCACGGCGAGUAACAACGGACAAACACAGAGUGACUGGAGUUUGAUUGGUCUGAAGAUUGCGGAAAUGAAUGCCGGCUCGGAGACAGAUGCUGUAGCCAACCUGUUGAAGAAACUGUAUAAAGAACUUCCCACGGAUUCGGUUUUCUGGUUCCUCAAAUGUUGGCUCGGUAGUGAAGACAGUCGUAAUGAUCCGGACUCUUGUGUUUGGCGUUUGGAUACAAUAGUGGGAAUGCUGUACCACGGUUUACCCAUGUCCAGUACGGAUACCAAUAUUAUGGUGCACACCUGUGAUCAAGAGCUGUGCGUCCGACCUCAACACAUACGGUUUCGGGCCAGCUCAGUUGCCCUGGUCGUCGUAUUGAAAGCGCUCGCUCAGGCUGGCUACACUGUGAUUCCGCCACCUGUGGCUGCCGGACCCAACGGGGUUGCACCAAAUGCGUCGGAUGAAUCUGUCGAUGUGUUUGGUCCUUUCACAAUCGAGGAGUUGCAGCAGUAUCGAAGCGGUGAGUCAUUCGGUAGAUCAGGGCCUUCUUAUUGGUCGUUUUCCUCUCUUCUCACUCCGUACUUCAAUUGUCUGCAUAUGGUAAUUUAUGCUGGUCUUACUUCCUCAUACAAGUCGGUUUUGCGGUUACCCUGGCCAUUGCCGUUUGUGUGA